CUCAGGAGUUGCCUCUACCUACGACUCCACCCGGAGAAGUGCCAACAGGCCUUGUCACGGACCUAAAGCCCUCGCCACCGCCGUCCGUGGUGCCUCCACGGACCGUGUCCAACGUGCCGCGGUCCUUCGCGGACGCGCCCAGCGACAGUUGGGCCCCCAGCUGGUUGCGGGGCAAACGUUGGGACGCGGUGAACACAGAGCUGAGCGAAGUGCCAUUGAUCAUGCCACUGGCACGCCGGUUGCAAGUUGCCCCGGUUGUGGUUGGAUUGGGAUUUCUGAUUCUGGCUGUGAUCUUUUUCCUGUACGGCAUUGGUGGGCAGCUUGUGUGCACCGUCUUUGGCGUGGCCUACCCAGCCUUCGAGUCCUUCAAAGCCAUCGAAGAAUUCUCCAGCCUCAAAGAUCCUCAGGACAACGUGAAUCAAACAUAUUUGAAAGCCACGGGCAUGCAGUUCUGGCUCACUUAUUGGAUUGUGCUUGCCGCAAUCACCUCCUUCGAAUGCCUCUUCUAUUAUGUGGUCGUUUGGAUUCCAUUCUACUAUCCAUUGAAGCUUGGGACGCUUCUCUUUUUGUCGGCAGCCAAGAGCAAGGGAGCCGAGCGGGUCUACAACUGGUUUGUGUUGCCUGUGCUGAAGAGGAACAGGCAGACCAUUGACGACACGCUGCAGGAUGCUUCAGCAACGGAUCCGCUCCAUUGGCUGCAUCAAGAGUCCAGCAAACGUUUGCGGAAGAGCGUCAGCAACGUCGCCAGUAGCGCGGUGGACGCAGGCUUUGGCGUCACCAAGCAGGGUGUGGAGCAGAUCCGUCGAGGGAUAACUAUGGUGGGCCCAGGGAUCAAGACUGCCAGGCUCUACGUGGGCUCCGAACUGGCCCGGCGCCGCUCCCGCGGUGCCCCCGGUGGUCCAAACGGUGCGCCGGUCGAGGAGGAGGCGGAGCAGGAGGCGGAGCAGCGGGCGUUUGAGCCCAGUGUGGCAGAGGAAUAGGCGGCAGUGGAGAGCGUGCGGCUGCGGCCCAGAAUUCGAGACCGGCUACGCGGGCCCUGGCUGUGGGCCCUGCAGCCUUUUGCUUCUCAGGUGUAGAAUGGUGUAG